AUGGGGAGUCACGUUAAACUGACAAACCUUACGGUGCAGGAGGUUGGAUCCCCAGUACCGGCGUCUGGGAGCAUUCGAAAAAAGACCGAGGAGAGAAAGACAUCGAAGAGCCAGGAAAAAACAGAGAUCUCGCAUUCAGCUGAAAUCAAUCCAAGAAAUGAAUCCGGUGAACAAUGGCAAACGGUGAACACUAAGAAGAAAAGGAAAAAUAAGGCUACUAUAAAGCAGAAAAUCCGAUCAAGACCUCCUCGCCCAAAUGCUUUGGUGGACACAACAAAUGAGGGCUCGACGUACAUGGAUAUCCUGAGCACAGUAAAAAGCGAUCCUGGUCUCUAA